AUGGAUGUUUACUCUGAAGAGAAUAUACUUGUGGGAAUCCUCAGUAGGUUGCCUGUGCGGUCUCUUCUUCGAUUCAAAUGUGUUUCAAAAUUUUGGGGUACACUGAUCGAUGAGCCAUAUUUUAAGAUGAAGAAUCUCACUCACGCCAAGAAGGACAAAACUUUCCAAAAAUUUCUGUUCUACAAAUUGCGCCCUAAGAAGUCUAUAUUUUCCAUUUAUAGUUGUUCGGUAUCAUCGGUGCAAUUGGUAGAGGAUAUACGGGAACUAAAUUGCCCUUUAAAUAUUGAACCACGACAUUGCAUAGUCUACUGUUGUUGUGACGGAUUGGUUAUUAUCAAGGUUUAUGAAAAUAGUGUUGAACGCCAAAUACUUUUGCUAUGGAAUCCCUCCACUGGAGAAUCAAUUGUACUUCCCAAUCCAGAAUUUCCAAUGGAGGAAUUUUCAUGUUUGGGAAUGUGUUUUGAUUCGACCAGUAAUGAUUAUAAGAUACUUAAAAUUCCCAAUGGUGUAAGUGAUCACAACAGAGUACCUGGUGAAAUUCUCGCACUGAAAAGUGGUUCUUGGAGAAAAAUUGUUGAACAUCCUCGUGACAUUUGUUGUAUGGUUCAUGGUAUGCAUUCAUUGGCAUUUAUACAUGGUUCAUUUCAUUGGGUUGGUAAUUCAAAAAGAUAUUUUGUGGUUACAUUUGAUAUUUCCCAUGAAGUGUAUGGAGAAAUAUCAUUACCAGAGCAAAUAAGCUUGAGCAACAUUAAUAUUGGCAUUUCAAUAUUGGAUGGAAUGUUGUGUGCUUACACUAAUGCGUAUAUUCAGGGGAAUCGCACUUUUACGUUAUGGGUGAUGAAUGAUUAUGGUCUUAAGGAAUCUUGGCAUAGAAUAUUUUCUAUAGCAGAUCCUGAUAUAUGUAUAGCUGCACCAAAAUAUAGAUUUGCAGAUGGUGAAGUGUUAUUCUGGUGCUUACAUUGUGAAUCUGGGGAAAACGCAUAUAGAACAGAGAGAGGUCCCUUUACAUUGUUGCCUCAUGGCAUCCUUCAGAAUGGAUUUGCUUUUACAGAAAGUUUAGUCUCUCCAAGAUUACUUACUUAG